AGCAUGGAAUCACACAAUUCUACUGACGGUGUGUUAUUGCACACAGUUAACAUCCAUCUACAUAUACUAGCUCCUGUGUCAGAACCAGCUGUUAUGCAGAUGUGUUUGUCACCAAAACAGAUGACAGUCAGCUGCUCCUCUGAAGGAGAGGAAUUAGAGUUCAUUUUGUCUUUGGAUGAUAAGUUGUUUAUACAGACUAAAGCCAAUGGUAUAGAAAACCGCAACAUUUCAAAUGUUACCAUCAACUUACCUGGUCAGCUGAUGGGAAACCUGACAUGUGUUGCUCAAAACAAUGUCAGCAGAAAACAAAAUAUCAUCCACCUUACAAGUUGUACAGCUCCCGUGUCAAAACCAGCUGUAUCUCAGAUGUGUUUGUCACCAGAACAAAGGACAGUCAGCUGCUCCUCUGAAGGAGAUGACGUAGAGUUCAUCUUCUUAUUAGAUGAUAACUUGUUGAUAAAAACCCAACCCAACAUUUCAGAAAACCACAACAUUUCAAAUGUAAGAAUCAGCUUACAUGAUCAACUGCUGGGAAAGUUGAUGUGUAUCGUCCAAAACAAUAUAAGCAGAGAACAAACCAUCAUCCACCUUACAAGAUGUGCAGGUAAUAUUUCUGACCACUGUGUUAUGACUGUGGCUGUGGCAGGAAGUAUUGCCAUUUUACUCAUUCUGGCUGUGUUUUUUGGUAUCCGGAAAUUCCAAAAGACUGGCAUUAUGACUGUUAAUGAAGAUGAUGCUGAAGAGGAUGUUGUCUACUCAGAUGUUAGACUGAAGCAGGAUGGAAGAGAAACAAGAGAAACACCACCUAUUUCAAAUCAAGAUGAAAGUUAACAUUGACUUUCGGUCAAGUAGCUAAUAAAACUAUGCCAGUUUAGCAGUUCCAGCUGUGCAGUUAAUGUAAAGGUAAAUAUAUUUUACAAGUACUCACUGGAUUACUUUAAUUUUGAAGAA